UUUGACGACAAUUUUUAGUCUGUCAAUAUUUUAAGAGAAUAUCCUGCUUCUGACAUUUGAGAUUUUUUUUAUUUGUCUUCAAGGUACGCUGCGAUUGAGCCUCUGAACUUGCAGUAGUCCAUGUGUCUAGCAAUGUACACUUGCAUUGUUUUAUGUGUAGUAACAGCCAGGGUGCUAAUAGUCGUUGCUCUCUACAAUGCUGCCCGGUUCAAACCUUCGAACCAGAGUACGACCUUUGAAGGUUAUUCUGCCUCUAGAGGUGUUGAUGGGAACUAUGAUGGUUAUAUCAGUCAUGGGUAUUGUCAACACACAGAUCUUCAAUAUGCACCAUGGUGGAUAGUGGACUUGCUUGGUCAGUUUGUAGUGCAGAAAAUACUUCUUACGAACAGAAACGACGACAGCACCGCUGCCAGAAGAUUGAAAAAUUUCACUAUUGAUAUAUUUGAUGAAGAUCCAACCCGACUUGCUAACUUUCCAAAUAUAACUGGUAACGUCUGUUACUAUCAAGCUGAUCCAAUGGAACCAACGACCAGCUUGUUUAACUGUAGUGCUCCUAUUACUGGUCGAUAUGUCCGUAUUGUCAUGAGGAACAAUGAAAAGUUGGCACUACAUUUUUGUGAAACUGAGGUAUUGGUGAGCAGCUCUGUGUCUGAACAUAUAAACUUUAAAAGAUACUUGAACACCCGACUCGAUGACAUAUACUUGGUUCAACUUUAUUUCAAAGAAUCAUUCUUGUGUGUCCUGGAAUGUCUGCUCCGAAGGUUAUCUACUUACUGCACAGCUGUCAACUGGAUCACAUCCACUGGGUCGUGUCAACUCUUUAGUGUCAAUCCUUUUUUAGAUCUGACAGCUAGACUUAUAUCUGAUCAAAAGUCAGAUUUUUUUAUUCAGAGUAAUUAGAAAUAUCUUUUUUCUUGAGACAGAGCUAAACUAAUGUAAACCAAAAGAAAUAAUCUUAGGCAACAAUCAACUCCCUUCGGAACUAAAUAAAACAUAAUUAAAUAUUUAAAGUAGAAGGUGAUUUAAACAGAUUGUGCCAAAAGUAUUCCACUAUAUUUAAAAAAAAGACAAUAUCUAACUGGACAAUAGCAUUUUAUAUAAGUUUAAGUUUUCGUUUCAUGUUUUUCAAAUGCUCAAUGUGAACACCCUUGGAGGCACGGAAGCCGAUGUUACAGUUCCUCCCCAACACGCUUCAGUAAGUCUCCAGUCUCUGAGCAUGUGGUGUUGUUUUUUUUAAUUCGAUGUUGAUCUAAUUUCUAAAUAAUAAUCACUUGCCACACACAUUAUCACAAAUUGACAUUGACUGUCUGGCUACCCUGGGUUACAGUGCAGGUUGACCUGAUCAGAUUGCUCAAGCCUCCAACAGUGUCUUCCCCCCCCCCCCAACUUUACUAAAACACACGCAUUUAGUUCAUUCCAAUAGGUCAGAGUUUUUCCUUUUUUAGCAGCCCGGUACUAAAAGAACUUAUUGAUAAUCUGCUUUUCUCACGCCGCAUGUCUCUCUUAAGGUCGGUCAAAUUUAAAUAAACAAAUGAACUAACA